AUGUUGCCAGUUGUGGUUUAUGUCCUAGCACAGACCGAUAUCAUAAAAUACAUUCUAUCCCGACCGUAUCUCAGGAAUCGGAUGGGAAAGUGGGCAGUGGCAAUGUCAGAAUUUACUCUCGUAUAUGUGCCUCAGAAAGCAGUUAAAGGGCAGGUCCUUGCCGAUUUUCAUUCAGACCACCCAGGAGUCGACAUAAAGGAGGGAAUCGGCUGUAUGGAACUACAUCCUUGGAAAUUAUGGUUUGACGGGUCAAGAACAGAAAAAGGUGCCGGAGCAGGAAUCGUCAUCAUCUCGCCCUCGGGGGCACGGUUCACAAUGUCUUGUUCUUUGACAUUCAAGUGUACCAACAACCAAGCCGGGUAUGAAGCUCUCAUUUUAGGUUUGGAAAUCUUAAUGGAGCUGGGGGCAAAAUCGAUCCAGGUCUGGGGAGAUUCACUGUUGGUAAUAAAACAAGUCUCUGGAGAAUACAAAUGCGAGUCGGAACUCUUAAUCCGAUAUUGCAACAAAGCUAAGCAUCUUAUUGGUGGUUUCUCGGAUACAUGGUUAGAAUACACGGAGAGAAUCGACAAUAUGGAGGCAAAUGAUCUCGCCCAACACGGUAGCGGUUAUAAACCUUGCUAUGAGUAUGAGGCGAUUCGGCGAGAUACGCCAAACUUGGUAACCAGAGACGAUGCGGUAUACAAGGCAACCCAUUCCGUGUACCAGCUGGAUUUUUUGACAGAUUGGAGGAAAGAGAUAACUAAAUGGUUUGAAUCGCCAGAUAUGUCCAACAGAAGAUUACGAACUUUGGCCCUCAAUUAUAUAAUCCUGGCCGAUGAGUUGUACAAAAAGGGGAGUGACGGUUUGCUGUUUAGAUGCAUCGGCCCAAAAGAAGCGAUGUUGGUCAUGGCCGAGGUACACGGAGGUAUCGCCGGUGCACAUCAGGCUGGUCCGCGAAUGAGAUGGCUGAUCCAUAAAUACGGGUUUUAUUGGCCCAAAAUGGAGCAAGAUUCCAUACCAUUGAAAUCACCAAGUCAAGAAUCGGUCAUCAAGUUCUUCAGAGAAUUUAUUAUCCUAAGGCAUGGUUUGCCAGAGACUAUUACCACAGACCAGGGAACCAUGUUUACUGGGAGCGAUGUAACCGACUAUGCAAAAGAGAUGGGUUUCAAGUUGAUACGUUCAACUCCGUAUUACGCGCAAGCAAAUGGCCAAGCUGAAGCAAUUAAUAAGGCGAUCAAAGGUAUUAUACAGAAGAUGAUAGAAGACAACCCGAAACAAUGGCACCAUUUAUUAACAAAAGUCGUUUGGGCGAAUCGCACGAGUCAGAAAUCGGCUACGGGCACUACACCUUUCAAACUUGUGUAUGGAUAUGAUGCGAUGUUACCGAUGGAGUUGACGGUAGCUUCUACGAGGCGAAAGAUGCAGCACGUUUUGACAAAGGCCGAUUAUCAUGACAAAAUGGUUCUCGAAGCUUUAGACUUAGAUGAAGAACGAUUAUUGGCACUUGACCACUUAGAAGCUCAGAAGAAAAGAGUGGAACGAGUUUACAACAAACGUGUCAAAAGUAAGAGUUUUCUGUUUGACCAGCUCGUUUGGAAGGUCAUUCUAUCCAUUGGAGCGAAGAAGGAAGGACUAGGGAAAUGGUCCCCAAAUUGGGAAGGACCAUACAAAGUUGUCCGAGUAUUGGGUAACGGUGCAUAUAUACUUGCUGACAUAGAUGGUCGAGUUCAUGAUCGGGCCAUUAACGCACAAUAUUUGAAGAAAUACGUCCCGAGCUGCUAG